UUGACAUAAUUUCAAUGGCUGAAACAACAAUGAUGCCUGAGGAAAUUGAGCUUGAGAUGGCAAAGAUCCAGAGACUUCGGGAAGUCUUAGUCAGAAGAGAAUCAGAACUCAGGUUUAUGAUGGAUGACAUCCAGCUGUGCAAAGAUAUUAUGAACCUGAAGAAAGAACUGCAGAAUUUGGUAGCAAUCCCAGAAAAAGAAAAAACAAAGAUGGAGAAACAAAGAGAGGAUGAGUUGAUUCAGAAGAUCCAUAGGCUGGUCCAAAAAAGAGAUUUUCUGGUAGAUGAUGCUGAGGUGGAGAGAUUACGAGAGAGAGAAGAAGACAAAGAGAUGGCUGAAUUCCUUCGCACCAAGUUAAAACCCUUAGACAAAGCAACACAAUCACCUACCAGCAGCCCAGCCGAAAAGAAGGCAGAACCUCCUCCAAGCAAGCCCACCAUUACCAAAGCAGGAUUGGCUAUCAUUAAAGAUUGCUGUGGGGCCGCACAAUGCAGCAUCAUGUAGCUCUGGGCUCUCUACUGUGUGUGCCGUUUCGGAAGUUUUCAUUGAAUGAAACUGUACAGUUAGAGAACGAACAACAUCCUGCUAACAGAAUCAAG